CUUGACUCAUCACUCUUUCUCUCUCUCCACACCUUCGCUUCUCAUCGUUAUUUUUUUUUCUUCUACAAACAACGACAACACCAUCACCAAUUCCACAAGCUGCCCUUGCGCCAAUGACCGUUCGGGAAGGCCUUCAGAUUGAGAUCUCGGGUAUCCCUGCCGAGAACGGCAAGUGUAGGGUCGAAACACAACUCAAGAUCACACUUCAGCUUAAGGAUGCAAAAGGGGAGAGCGUCAAGGACUGGAAGCAACUCCGGCUACCUCGUCCGUUGAUUGCGAAAGAAAAGCACCGAAUGGAAAAGUUUAAUGGUACGGAUGAUGAUGAUAAUGAUGCUAAUAUUUGUUGUUCUGCGUCAUCAAGCAAUAUAGUACCAUAGCUAACAUUGUCCAUUGCUUUGCCCUCCCAGGGCGGAGCAAGCACGUUCAGGAUUCAGAGAUAUUGACGCUCGAUGCGAGAUUGGUGUGCGACCAUGAUAUGACAAAGAUACUGGAGUGCUGCGACAACUGCAUU